GCUGUGCCUCUGGCCGAGCAGGCCGGGGAGCAGGGUGCUGCGCUGCCCUGCGAGGCGUGCCCUGAACCGGAGGGCGAGCCUCAGGGGGAACCACGCCUGUACAGGCUGGACGUCUCCUGCCAGGUCGGAUCGCACCUAGUGGUCCUCCGCAUGGCUAUGAAUGCCACCCAGACGAUCGCUGCCGUGGUCUCCAGGGCGCGCGAGAGGGCCGAUGCACCAAAGCUGGAGCACGCUUCGCUCCACUCCACGCCCAGC